AUGGCGGGAUCACAAAAAGGCGGCACGGAGCUGUCGGAUGCUGAGUGUGGCGAGAAGACCACCGCGCAUUCAACAUUGCCCAACUCGACUUCACGGGAGAACCUCGCACUAUUGGGACUGGACCGGCACAAGGUCGACCGUAUCCUCAAAGCAUGUCGUGAUCGAGACCUUGAAGUCCUCGCAGAGCUAGCAUCAUCCGAGGGAGGGCUUGUUGAGGACUACUGCAGGCGUACAGCAUGGCCACUAUUACUUGGUUGCCCACAGAGCCAAGGGGCAUGGCAACAGGACUGGUCUACUCUGGAGCGACACAGGGAUGAAGAGCAGGUGGAACUGGACGUACAUCGCUCCUUUGUGUACUACCCCGAAAACGAAACCGAGACGUCCAUGAAGGUCCGCAAACAAGAGCUUUCGAACGUCAUCACCGCUGUCCUACGGCAACAUCCACUGCUGUGCUACUUUCAGGGCUACCACGACAUCGUGCAGGUCCUUCUCCUAGUCCUGGGGCCUGAUGCGGCGGGUCCAGCAGCAGCACGACUGUCAUUGCUACGUAUUCGGGACUUUAUGCUCCCGACCUUGGCGGGUGCCGAAGUGCAUCUACACCUCUUACCGGCGAUUCUACAUGUUGCCGACAACCAACUAUACCGACAUCUAUCAGGAGCGUCAAAGCCAACGCCAUUUUUCGCUCUUGCAGCCACUCUGACCCUAUACGCACACGACAUUGAGGAGUAUGGAGACAUUGCACGACUUUUUGACUUUCUACUGGCUGGUGAGGCGGCGCUACCAGUGUACCUCUUCGCAACCAUCGUCAUGUCACGCAAGGAUGAGCUCCUGGAGAUUGACCACGACGAGCCGGAAAUGCUCCACUCAAUACUCUCCAAAUUGCCCAAGCCGCUAAACCUGGAGGGGCUAAUUCGUAGCGCACGAGACUUGUUCGCCCAAUUCCGACCAGAGCAAUUACCCAACCGGGUAUGGUGGAGCGUCAGCUCCCACAGCGUACUCAAGACGACCCGCGAUGCUCGCGCGCUGGCCACUCAGGACUUGCAAGAUGGAGAGCGACACUUUGCCAAGCACGCUGCCGAGAUCCAGACGCGAGAUGCACUCCGAUACGCGAAACAACGACUGCAAGCGCUGGCACACCGUUACCGGCGUCCGGCUCGGUGGACCGGCGCUGCAAUCCUUGUCGCUGUACUGGCACUGCAUUCUGGCCGAUCGAGCGGGCCCGCGAAUCUCAACGGAUGGCUUGCGUAUGCAUAUGGUUUGCAUCACAGUGCACAGCAGCUUGUCGCACGGUACUGGUAG